AUCCCGCGCCACUGUGGUCAUUUACACAGCAGUUUCCCGGAGGUGUGGCAAGGAAGCAAACAGUUCGCAGCAGAAGUCUCUCUCUCUCUCUCUAAAACCAUUAUCUCUCUACACUCGAGCAAUUUAUCUCUUUCUCGCUCAUUCUAUUAAGUAUUAACUACUCUCUCACAUUUUCCCUGAUGCAUGUGUCUCUCUCAUUUAUUGACUACUUUCUCUCUCUCUAAAUCUAUCUUUCGUUGUAGGAUGCAUUUACAUAUGUGUCUCUCUCUUCCACUGAAGUGGAGCACUGCGUCUCCCUCUUUCUAUCUCUUUGAUCAUUCUGAUUUUCCUAGAAACUUUUAAUGGCCCAAUUCCAAUUCCUCAUUUUUGUGACCUAAUUUAUUCAUCCCUAAUGGCUCUAUGGCUUCAUUUCUCAUGCCUUCAACUCCUCUUUGUUUCGCUUCUCUUUGGAGUCUAUGUUUUUCCUGGUUUCGCAAUCGGAGGAGAUGAGGAGACUGCGAUUUCGAGAAUUGCGUUUGGAUCCUGUGCUAAUCAGAGUGCUCCUCAGCCAAUUUGGGAUGGCAUAAUAAACUUCAAACCACAGCUUUUUAUUUGGAUGGGUGAUAAUAUUUAUGGGGACAAUAAGCGGCCAUUCAAGCUUAUAGGAAAGGAGAGGACAGUUGGACCAUGGAAAAAUGUGCCAAGGUUCUAUCCAGCCUCAGAGCAAGAGUUGGUGUCCAGGUAUAACAAGGCCAAGACUAAUCCAGGAUAUUCACUUCUUCGAGAGAGAACUCGGGUCAUUGGCACAUGGGAUGACCAUGAUUAUGGAUUGAAUGAUGCGGGGAAAGAAUUUUCUAGGAAGGAUACUAAUCAAAAGCUUAUGUUAGAUUUCUUAGAUGAAGCCAAAGAUAGUCCCAGGCGUUUGCAAGCUGGUGUGUAUACUUCUUAUAUGUUUGGCCCACCUGGUAAACAAGUAAAGGUGCUUCUACUGGACACACGAUAUCAUAGAGAUCCGUUGUUUAGUGAUGGAGAAAUGUUGGGAACUUCUCAAUGGGCAUGGUUAGAGAAAGAGAUGCAUCGUGUGGCAUCUCAGAUUACCAUCAUUGUGUCUUCCAUUCAGGUUAUAUCAAAUUUUUCUGCUACUACAGAGCCUUUAUUUCAUGUGGAAUCUUGGGCACAUUUUCCAAAAGAGAGGGACCGGCUGUUUAAACUGAUUGUGAAUAGCAAUAGAAAUGGGGUCUUCUUCAUCAGUGGGGAUGUCCAUUUUGGAGAGAUCACACGCUAUGACUGUGGAAAUAGAUAUCCACUUUAUGACAUAACCUCAAGUGGUCUCACUCAAGCAGUAGAGAAAGCAGUUCCAUCUCCACUUGCUUUUCUGAUCAGAGUUGCAGCUUGGUUGAGCCCAAGUACCAUGAGAGUUUUCAAUAAAGAAUGCCGAUAUAGAUCAUGUGUAUAUGGAAAACCAAAUUUCGGGACGAUUGAGAUGGACUGGGAUGCCAACCCAGUGUCCAUAAAGUUUUCAGUUAGGGAUAUGAAUGGAGAGCCUGUCACCAGCGUAAAUGUAUCAUUAUCAGAGUUGCAAGCAGGAAACAUGCACGAUAGUGGUACACCAUCAGUUGCCAUUAGAGGGCAAAAGCACUGUUUGCUCGAAGUGGAUCUCCCAUGGAUCAUUAGGCACCGUUUAGCUAUUUUCUUCUUUGGUACUUUGACUGUUUUGGUUCUGGCAAUGGUUCUCAUGACUGUUGCUGCUUUAUCUGUUGCCAACUUUUGCAUUCACAAAUUCAAGCUUGACUGACGAAGCCAAUUGUUAUCGGAUAAUGUCAUGGACAAACAAGGUCCAUGGAUUAUUCAUCUGUGAUGGGAACACCUUCUCGCUCUAUUUCACCAACACAGUAAGAAAAAUUUGUUCAGAAAUUUGAAAGCUUCAAAGCAGAAGGUCUUUCUCUAAAGAGUAAAUUUUGCUUCUCUAUAUGUUGUAUCAAAUAUCAAAUGCUGAGCCCAGAUUUCAGAAGAAUUGCAAGUUUAACAGGGGGAGCUUAUUUCCCUUUGUGGUGUCUCUUGGAGAAGUUCCAUGUUUUCAGAGAGAGAUGCUUUCUGGAGGCGCACUAACCGCUUCUUCCCUUGCUGUCUUCUUAAUAGAUUGGGGCAUUGGGCAUUUGAAGAUAGAGAAAGUUGUUCGUUUUUUUUUUUUGGAGAGAGAGAGAGAGAGAGAGAGAGAGAGAGCUCAUAUGCAUGAAUACAAAUUUCUAUUAAGCAACUUCACAAUCGAACUCAACCCUGAUCAAGUUACUGCAUUGUUUAUAAACUACGACAUGAAUGAUGGCAUAUUCAUAUUCUGGUUUGCUUUUACAAGGUAACCAACAAAUAUUCAAAGAAAAUGGAAACUUAUGGAAAGGACCAAUGCUCAAUACUCUUUUCUAUUCGACACUAUUAUUA